CCUGAAUUAAUCAUGUUUUGCUAAUUCAGGUAUUAUUUAAACUAAGUGAGACCAAAGAGUGAAGAUCAGAAACAUGAGGCAAUCACUUCAUUUAAUGCUGUUUCUCUGUUCGUUUGUUUUUGUUAGAGGGAAACCGAAAACAUGUACAACAAAACAUCUUGAUGGGCUGGAAGCUGUCCUGAAAGAUUAUAUUGAUAACAAACUUAAUGACAAGUUUGCCGCACUGAAGCAUUAUUUUGAUUUGAAGAUCGAUUCACUGAAAAGUCAUUUUGAUGAGAAGGUUGAUUCAAUGAAGAUUGAUAGUGAUGUACAACAUGAUCUAUUAAAGAAACAGCUGUCAGAGACGAGAAAUGCGCUAAGUGAAUGUGCUUGUGAAAAACAAAGACAGAGAGGUUUGGUUUAUCAUAUGGAAGGAAGUAGAGGUAGAUACAGCCUUACGUGUGAUGAAGCAAAAGCACUCUGUGAGAGCAGAGGUCAUAAGCUUGCUACAAAAGCUCAGUUACUCGCUGCAUAUGAACUUGGUCUGCAAAUGUGCCGAACUGGUUGGCUUGAAGGCUGUGAAGCAUCCUAUCCAAUACAAAUGCCAAGAAGUGCCUGUGGCCGUAGGGGCAUCAAUGAUUUUAUUUCAUCAUCAGGGAAGGCUGAUGUCUUCUGUGCUGUAGACUAAAGAGCUGAUAAAAUUAUUUGUAAUAACAA